AUGGUGGUGGUGGACGUGCUCAACAGCAACUCGGCAGCGGCAGUCGCGGAUGAGCUCUUCGGCGACGCCGACCUCCAAACCUUCUUUGACAAAGCGGCAUUGGAGGUGAAGGAUGGUGGCGGUGGAGGUGAGGAGGAGGAGUUGGAGUGGCUGUCGAACAAGGACGCAUUCCCAGCACUGGAGACGAUGGCGCCAGUGGGGGAGCGGCCGCGGACGAAAGGCGUGCGGCGGCCUCGACAGGUGGUGGCGUGGAGCGGGCGAUGGUGCCAGCACUGCGGGACGGAGAGCACGCCGCUAUGGUGCGAUGGCCAGGAGGGGCGCUGCACGCUGUGUAACACGUGCGGAGUGCGGUACAGGAGCGGCCGCCUGUUGCCGGAGUACCGGCCAGCGAAAAGCCCAACUUUCUCCCCAGAGCUGCACUCCAACAUCCACAGACGCAUCAUCGAGAGGCGCCGCCGCCGGGAGGAGUCGAUGAAGGCCUCCGACGGCAAGGAGAAGGGGGGAGAAGAGCCGGAGUGGCUGUUGAACAAAGGCGCGUUCCCAGCGGUGGAGACGAUGGCGCCAGCGGGGGUGCGGCCGCGGACGAAGGGCGUGUGGCGGCCCCAGCGGUGGUGCCAGCACUGCGGGACGGAGGAGACGCCACUGUGGCGCGAGGGCCCUAAGGGGCGUGGCACGCUGUGCAACGCGUGCGGCGUGCGGUACAGGAGCGGUCGUCUGGUGCCAGAGUACCGUCUGGUGAACAGCCCCACCUUCUCUCCGGGGCUACACUCCAACAUCCACAGCCGCGUCAUCGAGAUGUGCCGGCGGCGGGAGGAGUCGGACAAGGCCUCCCCCGCCGCCGAUAGCGACACGUGA